CUUUAACAGCCUAACAGACAUAUCUUUUGCCAAGAUCCGCCGGCAAACCGGCCAAAUCGGCCGUUUGCCUUAGCGGCCGCGAUGGCCGCGGUGUGUGCCACAGCCCAGCGGAAGAACCAUGGGACACCAGCGGAAAGGGCCGCGGGUAGGCCAGCGGCCAGGCGUGGCAGUGGCCUACCAGGUUCCCAAGCAGCCCAGUGCGCCCCAAAGUGCACACGAGGAUAUGGCGGCCAUUCUGCAGGCACAAGAGGCAGCAGUUUGGAGUGUACCCGCAGGUGAGGAGGGCCUCUCCAAGCCGCCUUCGGAAGGACGCCCGCCUCGGUCGCUCCCCUCGAAAAGGCGGGGUGCGCCCAUGCGGCAGACUGGACCUUUCAGGGCACGACAGCUGGGAGAAGCACCCAGGUUGGAUGCUGACGUGGCGCAGCUGUCGAAGGCUCUGGCACAAGCACCAGGUCCGAGUACUCAGGAAGAGGAGUGUCCCCCGAGCCGACCGAGCGUCACGGCGGCGCGUGGCAGCGUGUUGUCGCGCCGAUCCAGCGGUGGCACGCGAGGUCUUCCUCGUCCCAAGCGGCGCCUCGCCGUGGAACGGAUUCGGUGCGAGGCCAACCCGAGGACUGAUAGCACCCCAUCUCCACCGGAAGUCCGUGAAGCCGACGAUGCCCCGAAAUGGCCACAAACGCAGCUAAGGCCUCCAGGUGGAUGGUACCAUCCUCUUCCUGCAGCACAUGCAGCGCAGCAGUUAAAGGCGCGCCGGGAGGCUGCGCUGAUCUCGGCGGGAGAGCCUGACAUCUUCAAGUCGGAUGCCAAAGCACCACGACAGGCUCGUACAGGCACAGGGCUCGACCUGCCACUCUCCUCGCAAUCGACGCGACAGGCGCUCAAGGGCGUGGAUCUGGGAGGUCUCACGCUUGCAAUGCCCGAGGUGCAUCACUUCGAGGAUGAGGUGCCAGAUCGCCUUAACAGCCUGGCGAAACAACUCAGGAUUCCUGGGGACAUCCUGAAGCAAGCCUAUGAGGCCUUCACGGAGAUCUGCACUACGCUGGACCAUCCGAUGGCUGUACGGGGUCGGAGGACCGGCAAGAAGGGCGAGAUCCUCGACGAUGGCAUCGACGUCUUCAAGGAUGGCGAGGUGAACAUUGAUGGCUUUGCGAAGAUCAUUUGCAAGCUGGUAGGUUGCAGCCUGCCGAGCGAACUGCCCGAUGGGUUGGUCCAACGUAGCUUCCGAGACGCAGUCGCUGGCGCGACCAAGUCGCUGGCGUUCUUGGACUUUGCCAUGUGGUAUUCGAGGUCGCGCGAUGGAUCCACUGAGCAACACCUCUUGAUGACCUCGGCACAGCUGGCGGUGCAUGAAGUGGCCCGGAAGCACGAUCUGCCGGUGCUCGAGGUGGAGCAGUACAAGAAGAAGUUCGACUUCUUCGAUGAGGACCAGAGCGGGCAGAUCGAUUACCAAGAGUUCACGAAGCUUCUGAACUCUUUGAUUAAGGUGCCUGCUCAUGUGGAGCUUCCUCGAAGCCGCGUGAACCAGUUCUGGCUGGAAGCGGAUCGGGACCGGAACAACUUCUUGUCCUUCGAGGAGUUUGUGCUCUUCUUUGACCGGUACUUCAACAUCAGUGGCGCGACCUCUUGUCCCUUUGAAGAGUACUACCGUGGCCUCCGGCGCGUCCCACGGUGACGGUCGCGCGCUUGCGCGGUGGACGACGACAGGUGAAAGAGCGAUAGAAACAAAGGAACGC